CGGUCUGAAGAGAAAGAGUUGCCAAGGUUACCAACCUUACCUACAUUACCACAGACAGCAAGACCAGUCAAACCAUGGGACAGUGCUGAGCGUCUCCAACAUGAUACAAUUGAAUUAGACGAGAGUACGGUGAGACAAAUGACGAGACGAUCUGUUGCAACUAUAUGUGCACAUGCUGGAUUUGAGAAUUGUCAGGAAUCGGUUCUAGAAACCCUGACAGAUGUAUUGACCGACUACAACCAGAAAAUAUGCAAAUUACUGCGAGUAGCUGUGGACAGGGAAGCUAGAACGGGUACAACAGGAUUUCAAGUAAGUAUUGUUAUGCAAAUUAGAUACAUUGCUAUGCAAAUUAUUGAGAGUAGCUUUGUACAGAUAAGCUAG